ACACACACACCCACACACACGCACACACCUAAAAAAAAAAGUGUGUCAUAGAAAUGGCGACGGGACAUACAAGUUUAGGUCGCUUGGAUGGCAAGAUAGCGCUUGUUACAGGAGCAAGUUCUGGGAUCGGUGCAGGAACUGCCAUAUUGUUUGCUAAACUCGGUGCCAGACUUGCAAUCACUGGCAGAAAUGUAGACAAUCUCAGAAAAACUGCCUUGGAAUGCCAGCGUCACGGACAAGAAAAGCCGCUGGAGGUGGUUGCUGAUCUUGUGAAAGAGGACAAUGUUAAGAGAGUUGUUGAGGAGACUCUCAAGCAUUUUGGAAAGCUGGACAUAUUGGUGAACAGUGCCGGCAUUGUUGCAGUGGGAGGUAUAGAGACGACAUCGCUACAGCAGUACGACAACGUGAUGGACAUCAACACCAGAUCCAUGUAUCACGUUACUAUGCUGUGUGUUCCACAUCUGAUCGAGACUAAGGGCAGCAUCGUCAACGUGUCCAGUGUCAAUGGCAUACGAUCUUUUUCAAAUGUACUGGCCUACUGCAUGUCUAAGAGUGCUGUCGACCAGAUGACUCGAUGCACGGCUUUAGACCUGGCUGGAAAACAAGUGCGGGUAAAUUCAGUCAAUCCUGGUGUCAUAGUAACGGAGAUCCACAAACGUGGGGGGAUGAAUGAAGAACAAUACCAACAGUUUCUUGAACGAACUAAAACAACGCAUGCUCUUGGAAGGCCAGGUCAGGUGGACGAGGUUGCCAAGAUGAUUGCAUUUCUAGCCUCAGACGAUGCGUCCUUCAUUACGGGAGUCUCAAUACCUAUUGACGGGGGCAGACACGCGAUGUGUCCGCGAUAAAACAUUUACAGUUAUAAAAAUAAACAUCUGUAACAUGAGUCGGACAGCAAUAAAGAUCUUACAGUGAA